AUGAAAUUACUUUAUCAAGAUUUAAUUUUGCUAAUAUGUCUGAUAUUUAUUCAAUGUGAAAAUCAAGCACAAAAUUUGAAUAUAAAGAGAAAAACAGUUCCCAAAUUUGGCCAUAAUGUUAUUCAAAAGGGUCGUAUCAUAUCAAAACCUAUUAUUCAACCAAAACCUGCUGAUCAAGUUCAAAUAUCUGAAUUACAAUCAGAUAAAAAAAACCAAAAUAAGCCAAAAUAUAUUAUUUAUGGUGAUAUUCUUUUUCCGAUUGAUGAAUUCCAAUUUACUCGUUCGAAACGGUUCAAACGAAAAAUACUUCCUGAAAUAAAUCAGUUUGGUCUUAGUAAUCGAUGGCCACACGGUAUUGUACCUUAUGAAUUUAUGUCAGGAAUCGAUUAUCGUGUGCAACAGAAUGUAUUAAAUGCUAUUCAACAUUGGCAUGAACAUACAUGUAUUCGUUUUGAACCUUAUAAUCCAUCACGUCAUUGGAAUAUAGGUGCAAAAAUUACCAUUGAAGAUACUGGAUCUGGAUGUGCAACAUUUGUUGGUUAUCAACCAGUUUCAAAUGGUUAUUUUUCAUCUUAUUCUCUUUAUUUGCCUGUAUAUUGUCCAAUUGGUUCAGCUAUACAUGAAUUAGGACAUGUUAUAGGUUUUUAUCAUGAGAUGGCUCGUGCAGAUCGUGAUCUAGAAAUAAAUAUAGAUUUUCAUUUAAUGUCAAAAAGUGAAGCAUCACAAUAUGAAAUAAAAUUAAGUCCAAUCUAUGAUUAUUAUGGUCAACCUUAUGAUCUUGGUUCUAUAAUGCAUUAUUAUCCUACAGAUGGUAUGGGAGCUCGUGAUAGUCGACGUACUUUUCUCAUGGGUCAACGUAUAGCAUUAUCAUAUCUUGAUAUUAAACUAGCAAAUUUAGGUUAUCAUUGUGGUGAUAAUUGUAAAACAAAGCCUAUAUGUGAAAAUGAAGGUUAUUUUAAUCAAUAUUGUCAAUGUAUAUGUCCAGAUGGUUUUUAUGGUGAACAAUGUAAUUUAUUGCAGGGAUAUUUAACAACACCUUGGCAUCCUCAAGAGAAUAAUUUACAUUUUAAUUCAAUAGAAAAAGAAAAAUCUCAAGCAAUGUCAAUAACAUUGUCAAAAACAACGACAAGUGAAACUUUAACGAAUAAUGGUGUUCGAUGGCUUGAAUGGAGUGAUUGGUCUAAUUGCAGUGAAUCUUGUGGUAGUGGUGUUCGUGUUCGUACACGUAUAUGUUCGAGUACAGUUAUCGACGGUAGUACGGAGCCAUGUUCAUUUUUACGAGGUAAAUCCUUCGAAAUUGAAUCAUGUCGAAAUCCUGGAUGCAAACAAGCUGAUAUUAUUAUGAGUUGUACAUUUGAUCUUGCUGAUGAAUUAUGUCCAAUAAGAAUUAAUAGUAAUUGGCAAAUACAAGAAGGAAUACAAGCAGAUCAAAUUCGACCUAUUAAUGAUCAUACACUUGGAGAUGGAAAAUAUCUUGUUAUUACUGGAACUACAAAUCGAUUGAAUGAUUCACAAAAACUGCAAUUAGGUCCAUUUACCCAUUUGCAAUCAUCUGAUGACAAUAAUCACUGUUUACAAUUUUGGUAUUUCAUGUAUGAAGAAGGUACUGGUAGAGUUACUAUAGCUUAUAACAAAACAGAUAAUUAUCAAAACGAAGAUUCAUUUACAUUUAAUUGGAAAGAUCAAGUAUCAAAGAAAAUGAAUAAUCAACGUCGUCGAAAACGACGACAAAUUAACCCAGGUUGUAGUCGUGUUAUUGAUUUGACAACAACGAAUACAAUUGCAUCAAUAACAUCACCAAAUUAUCCAAAUUUAUAUCCAACAAAUGCUCAAUGUUAUUAUUACAUUCGAGCACCACAAACUUAUCGAGUUAUACUUCAAUUUACAGAUUUCAAUAUACCGACAUAUAACAGAAAUAGUUGUGCUGAUUCUGUUGAAAUACGUUAUUAUCAUCUUGGACAACCAGGUCCAACUUAUUGUGGAACAGGUGCUAAUUCUAAUAAUUUACAAUUUGUUAGUUCAAAAAAUUAUAUAAUGAUUGUUUUUCGAUCAGAUCAAAAUACUGCUGGACGUGGUUUUCGUGCACAAGCGAUACUUGCUCAGUAA